CCGAAUUGCAAACUUAGAGGGGUAAAAGUUCAUCUUUUCCACUUUUGCCAGUCCAAGAUAGAAAGCGUCCACUGCUCACUUCCGUCUGCAAAAAUCCUCUUUGAUCGGCGCUUGAUUCAGAUCUUUGAAGCAUUUCAACUGCUUAUGUGAAUCUCUCAGACUAGUUAAUUAAGAAAUCAUGAAUCUCGUACUAUCAAAGAAAGUAUUGUUUAGCUACAAUUGGAGUUGUCGAAGACGCAUAAUCAAGAAAUCAAGUCGCUAUACCCACAACAUUUCCGGAGGAAGUAAAUCAACAGUGGAAGAAAUCUCGAUGAUUCUGAAAUAUAAGAACUGGGAAUUGCUUUUGGAGUCGUCAGAAAUCCCUAAAAAGCUAAACCCAGAUGUGGUUCAGUCCGUUCUUGAUUGGAACAAAUUGCUUGUCAACCCAAAACGCCUGCUUGACUUCUUUGAAUGGUCGAAUAAGAAAGUGGGUAUGGCACACAUUGAUUCUUUCUCCAUUCUUUCUUUGGCUUUGUGUAAUUCGAACAAUUUUGCACCCGCCCAGCAUGUGUUCGAUGAAAUGAUUCAGAGACGAUUUCCAGUACUGGAUAUUUUUAGCUCGUUGGUUAAAUGUUAUAAGGAAUGUGAUAAGUUUAGCUCGAAGACUCUGGUGUUUGAGUUGCCAAUUGAUGCUUAUAGGAAAAAAGGUAUGCUAAAUGAGGCUGUUUCUAUGUUCUUGGGUAUUAAAAAUGAAGGCUUUUCCCCCAGUUUGUUGUGUUGUAAUACGUUGUUGAAUGAAUUACUAAACGGUAAUAAAAUGGAACUGUUUUGGAAGGUAUAUGAGGGAAUGCUGGAGAGCAAAAUGAGUCUUGAUGUUUACACAUACACCAUUGUGAUCAAUGCUUAUUGCAAGGUGGGCAAUGUUAAGGAAGCUAAAAGACUGCUUCAUGAUAUGGGAGAGAAGGGGUGCAGUCCAAAUUUGGUUACAUACAAUGUGGUUAUCAAAGGCUUGUGUGGAACAGGUACAGUUGAUGAAGCAUUGAAGCUAAAGAAAUCGAUGGAAGGAAAGGGAUUGGUUCCGGAUAUCUAUACCUACAGCACACUCAUUGAUGGCUUCUGCAAGAAAAAGAGGUCCAGGGAGGCAAAACGGAUUUUGGAUGAAAUGUGUGAAGUAGGCCUGAACCCGGAUCAUUUUGCAUAUACUGCGUUAAUUGAUGGAUUCAUGAAGGAGGGUGAGGUGGACGAGGCAUUUAGAAUAAAGGAUGAAAUGGUCCAACGUCGCAAGAGUUUGAAUCUAAUGACAUACAAUUCUAUCAUAAACGGGCUUUGCAAAAUUGGCCAGAUUGAUAAAGCAGUAACUAUCAAGGCUGACAUGAUUGAAAUGGGCAUAUUCCCUGAUGUGCAAACAUACACUUAUUUAAUUGAGGGCUAUGGUCGCAAUAAUAACACGGAUAAGGCUUCUGAACUUUUGGUUGAGAUGACUGACAGAAACAUGGUACCUUCAGCCUAUACUUAUGGUGUGCUGAUUAAUGCUUUCUGCAAUGCUGGAGAUCUCUGUCAAGCGAUUCUUCUUUUGGAGAAGAUGGUUGCAGCUGGUGUGAGACGAAAUGCUAUCAUCUACACCCCCAUCAUAAAAGGUUAUGUAGAGGAUGGUAAAUUUGAAGAAGCAAAACAAAUUGUGCAGGAUAUGUGGAAGGAAGGUAUAUUACCUGAUAUCUUCUGUUAUAAUACAAUUAUUAGUGGGCUUUGCAAGGUGGGAAGGAUAGAUGACGCAAAAACUUGUCUUGUUGAAAUAGAGAAGAGAAGACUGAGACCGAAUUCAUAUACUUUUGGGCCUUUUAUUUCUUGGUAUACAGAGUCGGGGAAUAUGCAAGUUGCAGAACAGUAUUUCUGGGAGAUGCUAGAUCGUGGUGUAGCACCUAAUUAUGUCACCUUUGCGCGUAUCAUUGAUGGGUACUGCAAUGAUGGGAAUAUAUCACAAGCAUUUUCAGUAUUGAAUCGCAUGCUUGAAACAGGUCGACUGCCAAAGGUUCAGCUUUAUGGUAUUCUUAUCAAUGCCCUCUCAAAGAAUGGGAAAUCGUCAGAUGCCAUGGAUGUUUUAUCUGAACUUUAUAAUAAGGGUCUAGUUCCUGAUGUAUUCACUUACACCUCACUAAUUUCUGGUUUCUGCAAGCAGGGUAAUUUGGAAAAGGCUUUUCUACUUCUUGAUGAAAUGAGUCAGAAGGGCGUUAGACCAAACAUCGUCACGUAUAAUAGCUUAAUAGGUGGUCUUUGCAAGUCAGGUGACCUAUCGAGAGCUAAGGAAGUGUUUGAUGGUAUCUCUGGAAAGGGUUUGGCCCCAAAUGGUGUGACUUAUACUACAAUCAUUGAUAGUUACUGCAAAGCUGGUGAUCUAGAUGAGGCAUUUCGCCUAUCAGAUGAAAUGCCUUUACGGGGUGUUCAACCGGAUGCCUUCGUAUACAAUGCUCUUCUUCACGGAUGCUGCAAGGCAGGAGAGAUAGAGAGGGCAUUGUCAUUAUUCCAUGAAAUGGUAGAGAAGGGAAUUGCAUCUACUCUUACUUUCAACACAUUGAUUGAUGGGUUUUGCAAGUUAGGAAGAUUGAGUGAAGCGCUGGAGUUAGUGAAGGGUAUGUCUGAUAUCCUGCCUGAUCAUGUUACUUACACCAUUUUAAUUGACUACUGUUGCAAGAACGGAAUGAUGAAAGAAGCAGAAGAGCUUUUCCAAAAUAUGCAAGAGAGGAAACUGCUACCAACCAUUGUGACUUACACUUCACUCAUACAAGGUUAUCACAGAAUUGGAGAAAAAUUGAAGGUGCUGUCACUAUUUGAGGAAAUGGUGGCAGAGGGGAUUCAGCCUGAUGAAAUAGUCUACAGCUCGAUGGUUGAUGCACUUUACCGAGAAGGGAAUCUACAUAAAGCUUUCAGUCUUUGGAAUGAACUUUUGGAUAAAGGUCUUUUGAAAGGACAUGUAAGUGAAACAUUAGUGGGGUCUUGGUGUGAGAAGGGAGAAAUUUCUGCAUUGUUGGCAUCACUUAAUGAAUUAGGAGAGCAAGGUUUUGUACCUAGUCUUGCUAUGUGCAGUACUUUAGCCCAUGGAUUAAAUCAAGCAGGCUAUUCUGAAAUAUUACCUAUUGCUCUGGAGACCAUGGUAAAGUUUUCCUGGAUCUCCAAUUCCAUGACUUCAAAUGACUUAAUCAGACAGAUGGAUGGACAUACUGAGAGUAUUAGCAACACUCCAAAACAAUCGGCUUUAUAAGUUGCUUGUCAGCUUCAAGCCUAGCUCAACAAGAAUGUUGUAUGCUGGAUUAAUCUGUUCUUUCUGCGGUUUCUGACUAUGGAUGCUUGAUGGCAAACCCAGACUCCACGUAUUUACUGGAGUUGGUGGGUUCACAUUGUUGUUCAUAUCGCGCAACCAGAUUGCAUGGUUAAAGUGGUGAGACUAUUAUUUCUAUUAAGGUGUAUAAAAUCAGGUGAACUAAGAAAUGAUGAAGUUUCAGCAUAAACGUUCCCUAUUUGAAAAAGAAUGUCUGCAACUUGUGGAACUCCAAGAAGGUUCAUUCAUUUGUUUGGUCUGAUUUAUUCUCAUGUUAUCUGAUAUAAGCUGUUUCCAUUUAAAGGAGCAAAUGUUUGUUCCACUGAAGCUUACAUGUGAAGUUCUUUCCUUGGAUCCUUCUAUAUUACAAGAAAGCGAAGGAACUUGCUACAUUUUUCUUCAGUUGUAUGGUCAUUCUGCUUAAGUCAUCCCCUAUCACGGUGCUUUCUCUUCGGACUAUUGAAGGAAAGCAAGGCAAGGAAACCUUGAUAUGCACAUUGGAGUAACAGUUCUUGGAGGAUGCCGAGGAGUGUUUCAAGUUUUUGUGUAGUUUUCAACCCCUCUGAUGCACUUCUGAAGUUACCUUCCGGUAUUGAACCUAGGAUGGAUGUCUCUUGUUAGCUGUAGAUCUAUGACUCACUAUCUAAUGAUUAUACGUGUUGUACUGUUUUUAUAUUUUAUGUAUAGGCUUCACAUUGUCACUGGAAAAAGAACAAAAAUAUUCUGAUGAACAUUUGCCCAAGUUGAGUCUUUGCAAA